AACACUCACAGUCCUCCUCCUCUUUCCUUUUUCUUCUUCUUCUUCUUCAUAAAUCUCUCUCUCAUUCUUCUCCAGUUUUUUUUUUUUUUUUUACCAACCAUUAUUCUUUUCAACCGAUCUUUGCACGAACAAACCUUGAAAGACUGAUUCUUUUUCUUGACCCAGUUGAAAAAAGUUUGUGCUUUUUUUCUUCUUUUAAGAAAAGAAAAAAAACAGAGAAUUUAGGGUUUGUGUUUGGAUUUUAGCAGAAGGCAUGCUCAAUGUUUUAGCUGAAGAAAUUAUCGCUUUUUAUCAUCAGUUCUUGUUUCUCUUUCUGAUUUACGGUGGAUUUGCUAGAGAAACACUCCGAUUUUGUUCUUGAGAGCUCUGCAAACAUAUAUAUGCUGUGGUAGUGUGGUUUUAGUGUAAGCAAGCAAUUUUUCAAUUGAGUUGCUUUGGAGUCUCUUGACAUAAUAAGACUUGGAGAAUUUAGAAACUUCUUGAUUAGAUGGCGAUUGAUUACACUGACAGGAUGCAUCACUCUUAUAAGAUACACUCUUCCAUGUGCAUAGAACUGAAGAACGUAGUUGAUAGAAUCAUGAGAAUCGUUCCUCUUAUAGAAGAUGCUCGACCUGGUUGCUCCUCUGGCAUUCAGACUCUUUGUUUACUCCACAAAGCUUUGGCUAAAGCUAGGCUCCUUCUUCAAUAUUGCAGAGAAUCCAGUAAACUCUACAUGGCAGUAACAGGAGAUGCUAUACUCGCUAGAGGUUCUAGCGCAAAAAAAUCAUUGGAGCAAUGCUUAAACGACAUUCAAAGUAUGGUACCCACUGUUUUGUCUAUCAAGAUAACUCAGAUAGUCCAAAAUCUUAGAUCAACUGUGUUGACUCUAGAAUCAUCUGAAGAAGAAGCUGGGAAAGCUAUUAGAGAAUUGAUGCAACGUAGCACAACUUCUUCUGUUUCUUCCGAUGAGAGCAACAACGGUUUCUGUUUUGCAGCAAUACGACUCCAACUUACAACACCUGAAGCCAUUGCCAUAGAGAGAAGAUCCUUAAAGUCGCUUUUGGCGAAAUUAAAAGAGGGUGAAGUGGAUAAGAGACAGAUUCUCAAGUUUCUUCUCUAUCUCCUGAAAAAGCAUGAAAGAAACAUUUGUGAAGAGAACUCUUUCUCACAUCAUCAGUUCAUCAAUGCUUCUCUACAUGCUAAUGCUGCGGAACCCGAGUAUUCUGAGGAACACAGUGCUACAACAUUUCCCGAGCAAUUCAAAUGCCCUCUUUCUCUUACCGUGAUGUAUGAUCCUGUCAUCAUUUCUUCAGGCCACACCUUUGAGAGGAUGCGGAUUCAGAAAUGGUUUGAUGAAGGCAAUGUUUCCUGUCCUGUAUCAAAAAGGAGACUGGAUGAUUUCACAAUGGAGCCUAACGUAGCGAUCAAGAAUCAGAUAUCAAAAUGGUGCGCGAGGAACGGUCUUGAUGUCCAAGAUCCAGCGAUGAAGGACACAAAGGCUUCUUCUCACAAUAUCGACUUCUCUGUUUCCAUUGCUAGUUUCGGAAGUUCUCUUUGCAAUAUCCCUGAUCUCGGCGGCCUUUCGAUUACGGAUCUUAACUCGAUCUGUUCCAUUGAUUCGCCAUCUUACUCUAAGAUGUUAAAAGGUGGUUACUUUACGCCAAUGCAACGGAUAAAUUCUGCUUCAGGCGAGAGUGUCACUGAUUCUUCUAGUCACAGCGAGAUUGAGAUAGAUCCCUUAUGUGGACUCACUAACCUUCCAUGGGAUGCACAGAUCAAGGUCAUUGAAGAUGUCAAAAGUCGUUUUGAGCACAGUACCCGCGCUUUUCGGUCUAUGUCACCGAGUAAGUUUCUUGAGCCACUUAUCACAUAUCUGAAGAAUGCUCUCGAAAGAUAUGGCACAGCGGGAGAUAUACUAAAGGGUGGAUUGGAUUUGUUAUUGGCAUUCCUCAAUGGAAACAGGAAGGCUAUAGAAGCUUUGGAAGAAGAGGUUUUCAAAAUGUUCUCGGUCUUUCUCGAGUCCGAGGUAGUUGCUGAAGAAGCUUUGAACAUACUUGAGGUUGUCUCCAGCCACCAGCAAGGUCUCUCCAAGAUAACUUCAUCAGGCUCUCUCUCUUCCCUCUUGAAGAUCGCAGAGUCUCAAGCAGAACAUCUCCAAGAACAAGCUAUGAUCACACUCAAGAACCUUUCAUCAAGCAGUGAGAUAUGUCUGGAAAUGGUAUCUCUCGAUUUCAUCCAGAAGCUCACAUCUUUCUUGCAACGAAACAUAUUCUGCAAACACUCGAUCAUCAUUCUGAGGAACCUCUGCAACACCGAGAAAGGUCGGGUUUGUAUCACUGAAACUCCGGAUUGUUUAGCUUCCAUAGCUGAUUUACUCGAGUCAAAUGUUCCAGAGGAGCAAGAGAAUGCAAUCUCCAUCCUCCUCCAGCUCUGUGUGCAGAAGAUUGAGUAUUGUGAUCUUGUAGUGAAACAAGCAACUGAUAUUUACUCAUCUCUUCUCUUGAUCUCCAACAAUGGAACCGACGAAGCUAAGGUGGGAGCAUCGGAAUUGCUUAGAGCUCUUGAAGAAGUAGGUUCUGACAGAGAAGAAGAAGAAGAAGAAUCAUCCAGACCAGAAGAAGAAACAACUGCUUCAACUAGUUCACAGGUUGUUACUUCAGUUACUCGUCAGGAACCUAUCAUAACAACAAUACCAGCUCCAAAGAGAUGUGGUCCUCCAAAGAAAUCUAGUUUUUUUGGAUUCAAUUUCUCCAGUCUCAAGAAGAAGAAAUGUUAACAACAAGGCACAAGUUUAAUUAGGCUCGUUUUAACUUAAUUUUUUUUGAGAAAUUUUAUUAAUUUCUUUUGGUUCUCUGCUUGUUUGGCUUAGCUAGGUUUUGUAUAUGUUGAUACCAGGCCAAAAAUGCCUCCAUUAAUACAAGUAUAGUUGUAUAAUUUGUGAAAAGGAUAUAGUUGUGAGGAAAAUAGCUUGCAUUUUUGUAAAUCAUUAACUUUAGGAAUU